AUGUCCGCCAGCGCCAGAGCUCUUCACGGGCGCUUCAUUUCUCUCGCCUCGGCAUGGCCUCGAGACCCUUUACGACCCACGGCCCAAUUUGGUCUAUCCAUCCGAGCCGCAGCAGACCGAGCAUUCUUGGCUAGCCCGCCCUCGGAGACACAAGACAUCAUGGACGGCAAGCUGUCCAAUGCGCGCAAUGGAGUUGGACACGCUGCGGCGAAGGGAGAGGUCGGCGCUGGAUCGGAGGAUGCCAAGUUCAAGCAACUCACUACGAUCGAAGAGAGCAAUGCGGAGAGAGCAUUGUCGGUCUUGCAAGCGUUGAAGGAUGGAUCUGCAAAUUCCGAGGUGCGUGCAAGGGCUUUGUGUUCGCGCACCUGACCACGCGGUCCGUGGUUCGUGUGUCCCACGUUUCAUGCAGCACGGCUUGCAAACCUCCUCGCCCGCCCCAUAUCUUUCCACAGUUUCCCACUCCGAGCUCCAUCUUGAGACCGGCUUCGCAUCCUGAAUACUACGAUCAACUGCUUCAGACGAUCCAAAAGGCUUCACAAGGUCAAGAUGUCAGCCCAAGCUUUGGGCAGCGGGUCAAGCUCUUUUUCGGGAUGAGGUGA